AUGUCUCUCGCCGAGGAAUUGGCGGCCGAUUUUGAGAGUGACGACGAAGAUGAGUUGGAUGAUAUUCCAGAUCUUGGCGAGAAUCUGAAGGCAAUUUUAUUUUUGUUCUGUUUUAUAAAGAAAUUAAAUAUUUUCAGAGUGUGAAAAAGGAAGAGCUUGACGAUGAUGAUGAUAUUGAAGAAGCGACAGAAGAAGCGAUGGAUACUACAAAAUACGCAUCGGUUCAUGAUGUUGCCAAAAUGGCUAGAUCCGCAGAGUAAGUCAAUACUUCAUGUUACCUUUUCAUUUUCUUGUUUUCAGGUACAUUGCGCUUGUCAAUCAGUUAGAAUUUGAGCUGGAACGGCCGCAAAGCGAAGUGAAGGUGACAGCUCCGUUGGAAGCCGAUCCCCAGUACAAGCUAAUUGUGAAGCUUUCUCACGUAAGUUCUCAGACUGUUUAUGGAUUUUCUAACAAAAUUUUGAUUGUUCUCUUUAGGUGGCUGCUGACAUAGACAACGAGAUAAAUGUCAUUCACAAAUUCGUUCGCGACAAGUACGAGAAGAGGUUCCCGGAAUUGGAAACUCUCGUUCCGAAUGCUCUUAACUAUCUGGCCACCGUCUUCUCAUUGGGAAACGAUAUCAGCAGCAAAGCGCAGAAGGAUCAACUGAGUCAAAUCCUAGACCCUUCCACUUGCAUGGUUGUCAGUGUGACUGUGUCAACGACUCAAGGUGUGAAGCUGGAAGCGGAUGAAUUGGCGACUGUCAUGGAAGCUUGCGAAUUGGCUGCCCAGCUCCACAAAAACCGAAUGGAAAUGCACCAUCUCGUGGAACUGCGAAUGGCUCUGAUUGCUCCAAAUCUGGUGGCUCUUCUUGGUGCGGCCACGACUGCUCAUCUGGUCUCUCAGGCCGGAGGAUUGGCUCCUCUCGCGACGAUGCCUUCGUGCAAUGUCCAAGUGCUCGGAAAGACGAAAAGGAAUCUCGUUGGAUUCUCCACUGUCUCCACGAAUCCACAUCAUGGUUUCAUUUAUUUCCAUCCUCUUGUUCAACAGAUGCCCCCUGACUUCAAGAAUAAGGCUGCCAAGAUUCUCGCGGCGAAAGUCACACUCGUCGCAAGGAUUGAUGCUCAGCACGAGUCAUCGAACGGACAGCAAGGUGCCGACUUUCUGGCUCUCGUGAACAGCAAAUUCGAAAAAAUGCUCGAACCACCACCAGUCAAAGCGAACAAAGCGUUGCCGAAACCAUUAGAUAAGGCGAGUAAGAAGAGAGGAGGACGGAGAAUGAGAAAAAUGAAAGAGAGACUGGGAAUGACCGAUUUGCGAAAGAGUGCGAAUCGCAUGAACUUCGGAGAACUCGGCGAGGAUGUGAUGCAGGAACACAUGGGAUUCGAUCUGGGACAAGUGAAGACUGGAAACGUGACAGGUGGAAGGAUCAGACAAGCAGUUGUGGAUCAGAAAACAAGGGCGAGAAUGUCGCAGAAGAUGAUGAGGCAGAUGGAAAAGCAAAAGGCGGCCGGAGGAAUGACCAGCAUCCGAAGCAAAGUGGCCGGUACUGCUUCGUCGAUCACGUUCACGCCGGUCCAAGGACUAGAGAUCAUCAACCGGGCGGCCCAGGAACAGCAGCCAAUUGCUUCCACCUCCAAUUACUUCUCUUCCUCCGGAAGUUUUGUCAAUAUCGACCGAAUGACGUUGUAAUCUUUUUUGUUUCUUUCUUGAUACUCAGAUCAUAUAAAUCAACUUCAUUGAGAUAAAUCGAAAAUAUUUCCGACUGGUGGGUGGACUUCCACUGCCUUUACCUCUCCUCCCAGCUGUCUUCUCAUCCAAUUCUUCCAGUAAAUAACCUUUUUAUCUAGUAGGUGCCAUUGACUUCUGACCCUUAUGCAAAACGGGUUCGCUUUUUCCCUUUGCCUUGUUGCCUACUUUGCUGACUGCCGAAAAAGCGGUAACUUUGAUUUCGAUCUCAGUCGGCGUACCCUGGAGUUUGCUGCUGCUUCUUACGCUCUUGACCCGAGGGCAUGUCUACUAAAGAAUAAUGCGACAUUGCUGUUUUCGAAAAAAGUCGAAUGUGAUUAUCUACGAGACGAGGUAUCCAGAAGGCAUUGAAUCAGAAGACGUUCGAGUUUCAGUGCUGGAGUAUCGUCGCAGCCGACGAACAAUACAUAUUCGUCGCAUUCAGCGGAACAAAGUCGAAAGAGCAACUGGUAACGGAGCUGGUCGAGAGCAUUGGCCGGCCGAAGCACAAGGUAUCUCGGGUUACCGUUGUCCGACCACAGAACACUCAUUUAUGUGCUUUCAGUUGCACAAUGCGGGAUCCGUUCACUACUACUUCUAUUCGGCCCUCAAGACGAUGUGGUCCCCAAUAGAACAGCUGCUUCGUGAACUGAAAGGCGAAAUGCCGGAUCACAAGAUAGUGUUUACCGGGCAUUCUCUUGGAGGAGCCAUUGCAAGCAUCGCCUCGACAGUUUUCGUGCGCAACUUUCCCGACGCUUCUCGCAGAACACUGUCAAUCACUUUCGGACAACCACGUGUCGGAAACCUCGAAUACGCAAUGACUCAUGACAAAUUGGUGGCCGCUGGAAGUUGGAGACUGAUUCACGGAAGAGACAUUGUGAGUCAUUCGCGUCCCGUCCUCAUUCAUUUUGUUCUCCCAGGUCGCCCAUAUUCCGUUUUGUGUCGAAGGCUACGCUCGUUCGUGUAUUCCGUUCUACAACCACGGUUCCUAUCAUCAUGGCGUCGAAGUGUGGUUCCCAAAAAAUAUGACGAACCAGGACACGUUCAAAGUGUGCACCGGGAGCCCGUUGAACGAAGACAAUUUGUGCAGGUAGGCAGAGAAGACGCGUGAUCGGAAAACAGAGAUCUGGGAACUUUCCAGCAACGCUCAACGAUACUUCGACAUCAACGAUCACCUCUUCUACUUUGGACAUCACGUCUCGGAUUACGGCGUCAAUGGAUGUGUAGACCCGCCAGUCGAAAAGAAAGAAGAACGUUUUGUAUAUAAUAAAGAUUUGACCAACUAUUUGGCGGGCGGGCUGGGCUGCGUCUAAUGUUUGGUUGAAAAAUCGGUUCGAGUGAAGUCACUCUCCCGCUCUCACGUACUUAUUUCUCCGGACGUUCUUUGGGGAGGCAGAAGAAACGCGAGGGAAGAUAAGACGGCCGCGAAUCGAGUGUAAGAAUAGAGAAACAAAGGGAUGGGUCGAGAAGAGUGAGGACGGUGACAAAAACCACCCAAUUCUGUUGGUUAUUUUUCAUCAUCUCUUCGUUUUCUCUUUUAUUGUCGCUCAAAGCCUGUCGUCUCUCCUCCCGUCUCCUCAAUCGACAAUAUUUGUUUUUGUUCUAUCCAUUUUUUUAUUGAUUUCUCCAAUAUAUUUGAUAACGCGUCUCCGUGCCUUGAUAAUAAUCAUGUCGUCAUUCCGGCUAGAAAUGUUGCAGGACGACGAGAUGCCUGGGCCGGCCGGCGUACCGCAGCGCAAAAUGACAUACUUCGUGCCGAAGAGCGGUCAGUUCACUUCACCCCUCUCCCGUAUCGAUUACCGAUUCAUUUUUAGACAAUUCAAAUGAGCAAGUGCGCGUGCCCAAUGUGAUCGCUCUGGUUGGGCUGCCAGCCCGUGGAAAGACGUACAUCUCCCACAAACUGUGUCGUUAUCUGAACUGGAUUGGCAUCAAGACCAAAGGUUUCCCCUAAUUCGAUCGAAUUCAAACCAGAAUUCGAAUUCCCACUACAUGAUACAUUUACAGCAUUCAAUGUUGGCGAGUACCGCAGAAAGGCGUGCAAUCUGGAGGAAGAGGGCGAGUUUGAGUUCUUCUCGCCAAAGAACGCCCGCGGUCAAAAGAUUCGAGAGUACGGAAAGAUGUCAUUAGUGUAAGCUGAUCACAUUUUGAUUGUAGUGAGUGCGCGAGGUUGGCCAUCGAAGAUAUGGGGAAGUACCUGGACAAUAAGGAGGGAGAAGUGGCAGUAAGAAUCUAACAAAAAAGAGCGCUCGGAAAGCAGGUUUUCACAGAUUCUUGACGCGACGAACACGACAAGAGAGCGCAGAAAGUUGCUGAUGGAGUUCUGCAAGAACAUGAUGCACGAGCCGCCGUUCCGUGUCUUUUUCGUCGAGUCGGUCUGCGACGACCCCGUGAUCAUCAACUCGAACAUUACGGUAAACAAAUCUUCAUUUUCAGACUAAAUCAUCAUUUUCAGGAGGUGAAAAUCAAUUCGCCGGACUACAAAGGGAUAAUGUCACAGGAAGAAGCGAAAGAAGACUUUCUGAAGCGCAUUGAAAACUACAGAGUGCAGUACGAGCCGCUGGACGAGGAGUUCGACGAGGAGCUCAGCUACAUCAAGGUGAUAAACGCCGGCAAAUCGUUCUACGUGCACAAUGUGAACGGACACGUGCAGAGUCGUGUAGUUUACUUCCUUAUGAACAUUCAUCUUCUGCCCAGAAGUAUCUAUCUGUCAAGAGUAAGUGCAUUUCAUUAGUUUGAUUUAUCAUUAUGGGCCCGUUCACAGCACGGAGAAAGCGAAUACAACCGGAUUGGGCGCCUCGGAGGAGACUCGCCGUUGAGCGAGAACGGACUCAAAUACGCGGGGAAACUGCGAGAAUACUUCGAGAACGAAGAUCUCGAGGACUUCCGCAUAUGGUCCUCGCAGAAGAUUCGUGCCGCCCAGACAUCUGCCCAUCUCAAGGAUCUCGCUGGACACACCGAGUUCUGGAAAUGUCUCGAUGAGAUUGACGCGGUUUGAAUUCUAUUGGGAGUAUUCUGAAAACAGUGAUAAUUAUUCUCAGGGAAUCUGUGAGGGACUCACAUACGAAGACUUCGAAGCUCGCUACCCGAAGCAGUUUGCGGAGAGGGACAAGGACAAGUAUCACUACCGUUACCCGAGCGGAGAGUCGUACGAAGAUCUGGUCGCCCGUCUCGAACCGGUUAUCAUGGAGCUCGAGAGACAGUCAAAUGUGCUCGUCAUCUCGCACCAAGCAGUCCUUCGCUGCAUUCUCGCCUACUUCACCAACAAGAAUCGUGACGAUCUGCCGUACCUGAAAGUACCUCUCCACACCGUCAUCAAGUUGACUCCGAAAGCCUACUCUUGCGAGGUCGAGCUCUUCAAAUUCGACAUCGAGGCCGUCAACACGUACAGAGAGAAGCCGAAGUAA